UCUCUCUCUCUCUGUCUCCCCUCUUUUUUCUUUUUUAAGAGUUUAUUAUCAUCAACAGAGGCGCCGUUGUAGGGGUUAAUUUAACGCCGAGUUGGGCAGCGUCAGGGCGCACACAGUGGAGUAGUUGUGCCUAUCACUCCCUCAGAGGCGAUGCCCUUUUAUGGAAAGGUCCCUUGUCACAGAGGACAGACGGCGUUCACAGUCGGGACACAGGGACACAAGGAGAACAACUACAUUUUAAAAGGCUCCAUUCUUUUCCAGCUGCCGCUGGGUGUUGACUGUGGGUGUUUGAGAGGAUCGUUGUUGCCCGGAGAAAAAAGUACAGAAGAAGAAUACGCGCCGUGAACGAGUUGGUGGAAUUUUAUGGACUGGGUUACUACAGUGCAGUCGAUGCUGUCAACCACUACACCUCUGUCUGCAUUCCCGUCGCUACUAGGCUUGUUUUGGAUGCGGAGCUGAACUUUUACGCGUUAUUUUACGCACUGAUAUAUGUUUUUUUAAAUCAUUGACUACUGAACAGGACAGUGCCAUAAUGAACUCUGUGUCCCCAGUUCCUGCGGGGUAGCGGUCUGAACACGUUAACCUCAAAAAGAAGUAAACCUUUCGUUACCUGCCUAAAGGAUGCCAAUUGAUAAACACUCAAACAUGGAGGAAAAACUGUGGAUACUGGAGGAUCUCAAUAUGAUGUACAUUCGUCAGAUUGCGCUCAGUUUGCAGGACAGUGACAUUCAGAAAAAGAUUGACCAUGAGAUACGAAUGCGUGAUGGAGCCUGCAAAUUGCUGGCUGCCUGCUCCCAAAAAGACCAGGCUUUGGAAGCAGCAAAGAGCCUACAGACAUGCAGCACUCGUAUCAUGGCCUACAUGUCAGAACUGCAGAGGAUGAAAGAGGCUCAGGUCAUGCAGAAAGUCACACGCAGAUCAUCAGAUGCAGGACCGAUGGACGACAGGCUUCCGUGCAAAGGAAAAGUCGCCAUCUCAGAUCUCCGGAUCCCUCUCAUGUGGAAAGACACGGAGUACUUCAAGAACAAAGGAGAGCUUCACCGAUGUGCAGUUUUCUGCCUGCUGCAGCUGGGAGAAGAAAUCUUUGAUACAGACAUGGUGAUAGUAGACCGGACACUGACCGAUAUUUGCUUCGACAACACUAUUGUAUUUACUGAAGCCAGCCCAGGUUUUGAGCUGCGGGUUGAGUUGUAUAGCUGCUGCUCGGAGGACGACUAUUCUGCAGGGAGCACACCAAGGAAACUAGCCAGCAAGCUGAGCUCUUCACUAGGUCGAUCAGCUGGCAAGAAACUCCGGGCAGCCAUGGAGCCUGGACCAUGUAGUCCUGUAAGCAACGGUGGGGGAGCCCCUCUCCUGCUGCCAGUUCCCUCUGUACCGGGCCCUAAGUACCAUCUCUUAGCUCAUACCACACUGUCACUGUCACACGUCCAGGACAGCUUUCGCACGCAUGACCUCAUCAUUUCAGGCAACGAAGAGUGUUCAUACUGGCUGCCGCUCUAUGGCAGUAUGUGUUGCCGCCUGGCAGCUCAGCCUCACUGUAUGACCCAACAGAUGAUGAGCGGGUGCUUGAAAGUUAAGCAGCAGUGUGGAGGUGACCCUCAGAGUUGGACAAAAGUGCACGCCGUUCUCAAAGGAACAAGCCUUUUCUGCUACUACCGGCAAGAAGAUGUGGAGGCUAACGUUGAGCCAGCUUUCACUAUAGGCAUCAACAAGGAGACCAGAAUACGUGCGUCAGAAAAAGACCCUCUCAGUAAAGUUCAGAAUAUCUGCAUCAGUAACCAGUACGGAGGGGAGGAGGUUACACACACUGUGACCACAGACAGCCGCGAGGAGACACAUCGCUGGAUGGAGGCCUUUUGGCAACAUUUCUAUGAUAUGAGCCAGUGGAAACAAUGCUGUGACGACUUAAUGAAAAUUGAACUCCCAUCGCCAAGAAAACCAGCUCCUAUCACACCAAAACAAGGCUCUCUGUAUCACGAAAUGGUUAUUGAGUCAUCUGAUGACCUCAGCAGCACUGUGUCAGACAUCCUGGCUCGGAGAAUGCAGGAGCUGGAGCUCCGUAGCCAGCUAGGCACCUCUCCCACCUGGAUGUCUGCGUUUGAGGAGAGCAGCGCCAGAUGUACUGGCCGCCCUCAUCACUGUACUCGCAUGUCUGGCCACAGCCCCUGCACCCCUCAUCGACUGCCUCGGAGCCCCGUGAGCCCUCACCGCUGCCCGCAGCUUGGUCUGCUGUCCUCAGACGCAAGUCUGACCUCAGAUAGCGACAGCCACUGUAGCACCAGUCCCUGCUCUCAGCACCAUGGCUGGCCCGAACCCGCUUCCAGCUUCUCUCUUUUGUCGUCUUCGCCAUCCCGUCUGAGGCCACGCACUCUUUCACUGGAUGCUAAGCUCAGCACCCUUCGAGGGAGAGGGUACGGAGGUGGAGGGACCUUCCAGUGUUCUUGCCAGCCUCCUCCCUCAUCGCUGCUUGCUCCCCUCCCCAUCUCCGCUCGCUCCCCUCGGUCACAGCACAGCACACAAACCACACUAUCCUGCUCCAGCUCCACCUCAAGCAACAGCUCCAGCAACAGUGAGGGCAGUCACAGCCCAGAGUCAUCUGAGGGAGUCCCCUUCUCUAGGCCUUCCCCAGCUCGACGCAGCCUAAGAAACCUCAGGGCCAAACUUGAUCCUCGCAACUGGCUCCAGAGUCAGGUGUGAACUUGUUUCCUGAUAAGAUCUUUGUUUUUUUUUUUGGCUUGCCUAAAGGCAACAUUAAACCAUGGUUUAACUAGCUUAACACAUGUGAACCAAACUCAGGCAAUCUGCGAUGCCACAUGCACAGCCCUGAGGAGGAUGCCUCUGGCCUGGCUCCUGGUGGAGGACGGGUCAUGGAAGACCCUCCUUGGACAAACUGGAAUGUCUUCUAACAUAAAAGACAGGUGACAAUCACUGCAGGAGUCUCUGACAGUUGCUUGGUUGCCACAAUGUUUGAAAACAGUCCAAAACUAAAUGGGAGGUACUCUGCUUGCUUCGAGAAUUGGCAGUAAUGCUGCUUGGGAGAAGGUGAUGCUAACAGCUAAGGACGUACUCAGAUUCAUGGCACACUAGGUCUACUCUCCGUCUUUGAAAUUGACUUUUGAAACUGGAAUUUUUUUUAUUUUUUGUCUGCAUCAGCGAUCCUAGCCACUCAAACAUGGUCAUCUCUGUUAAUGCACUAGUUGUAUUUUGACUGGAUGUUUCCUGUUAUGUUACAAAGGUUUGCAGUGUUGAUGCUGUAGAAGCCAGUUAGCAUGAGGUAAUAUGAACGUGCAAGAUUAACAGGUAUAAUCAGUCAAGAUUUCUCAAGUCUUAGAGACUGCUAUGUGUAGAGGGAAGGGUUAUUUGUUGCCUGUACUGUGAUACUUGUUUCAGUGUACUUAUUAUUCAUGCUCUUUGUGGAUCUCCCAGAAUGACUAUGCAUCAUUUCGUUUUCAUGCAUGGUUUGACUUGCAGUUAGAACAUUUCUUCUUGAGAUAAUUUCAAAUGACUCUGCAAGUGCUCAUAUUUACUGUACUGGUUAUGACUGUGAUCUCUUCAGGGUAAAAAUCUUUGCUCUGCUCUUAUCUGCAUACUGUUGACAGGCUGCCAUAAAAACAAGUAAUAGACUUUAUGUACAAAUCCUAAGUCGAGUGUUAUUUUAAAAAAAACCCAAACCAUACUAAUCCGCAAUUUUUCCGCAGGUUUUCAGAUUCCAAUCCUGCCGUCCAAAAAGUAGAUUAUUACGCAACAAAGAAAGAAAUUUUGCAACUUAUUUAAUCUUGGCUAAAUUCUGGAAAACGGUCUAAAAAAUUAGUACUUACAUAAACUCUAGUCAGCCAUUGGUUAAUGAUUUGUUUAUGCUGCUUCCUGUUACAUUUUCCCAUUUAAACUGCUCAGAGCAGUUACUUCUUAUUACAGGAAAACAAAAUAAAAUCUUAUAGGAGAGUCAGUUUCCCUUGUCAGUGCAGUAAAGCCUCUUUUUCUUCUGUUUCUAUGUUAUAUUGUGGACUCUGGAAGCCGCUGCCCUCUUGGGACUCGAACCGUUUUUACUAAGAUCUGUCAACCAUUUGAACGACAGCAUUUGUUACUGUAAAUUAAUUUUUAUAAGUUAACAAAUAAACCUCCUCUCUUUGUCUUUUGUUACAUUACUGAAUUUGUUAUAAAUGCAGGUGUAUUGAUAUUUGAUUAUCAUAAUAUUACUAGAUAAUGUGCAGAUCUUUUAACUGUCACAAAUAGAUAACAUUGAAUGUUAUAACCUUGGCAGAAUUUCCCGUGUUGGCAGGCUUUGUGUUCUGCAUGUAUGCCAUCCUGGAAGGUGAACUUAAAAUGAGAAAUGUGGAAAUUUCAUGUUUAAAUAAUAUAACAUUAAAUAAAUGUUUUAUC